AUGUACUGCCCACUCACUUCAAUCGCUCGUUUCCUCUGUUCUACCUUGAGCAGGGAGGCGUUGGCCGCGAAGGAUGCCACUGAGAAGGUGACGGAGUUCAACAUCAUAGACCAGGCGGUGCGCAACGUGGCGGAGCAGCUUUCUAGGUUGAGCAACUGGCACCGGCAAUUCGAGCACCUUCAGGAGUACAUCUGCGAAACCAACUUGGAGCUGAAGGGGAUUCACGAUGUGCGAUGGCUCUCUAGAGGAGAGGCAGUCAAGCGGUUUGCCAAGGUUUUGCUGGCGACGAUCGUCAUGCUACACGAUUUCAAGCACGCGCUCUAUGAAACGAUCACCUCUUUCAAAUUCCACUUCAUGCUUUUCUUCCUUGCAGACAUUCUUGCCGUGCUCAACGAGCUCAACGCCAAGUUCCAGAAUCAGCAGGUUGACAUCACGGUGGUCGCGGGGGAGGUGUCGCUCGCUUGCCGGACGAUUGAGGUGCGUUACGUGGACUGCGAGGAUCGUUUCGGCAACGACCAGUCGCCCCUGCUCUGCGCGUUCUUGAAGAAACACGGCAAACCCCAGCACCGCGAAGUCACCGUCAAAGGCGUGGACCAGAACGGCGAGGUUGCAGAGCACGAGUUCGUGCUUCACGAGCGCAAGAUCCCAGGCCAUAAGACUGGCGGGGACUACUACUCCUGCAAGGCGGUGUGCCAGGAGUUUGCGAAGGUCUGCGGUGCGCGACUGGAGUUCCGCCUAGAAGACCUCAAGAACCUGGCCGGCUCCAAGCUUUUCCGGCCGUCGUGCUAUCCCGACGACAACGCGCAGCGGAUGAAGAAGUGCCGCGAGUGGUUGGGCAUGCUAGACCACAUGUUUCACCACCGCCUCUUUGCUCUGCUCCCUUGCUAG